UGACGAGUACUGUACGGAGCUGUUCGAAUGGUAGCGACACUCGGUGACUCGGUAGAUAGAGGACGGGUUAGGCUUAGACCGGGAACCACUACUAUUACUUGUCCUGCGACCAUUGUAGUCCCCAGCAGAACUGUUGGGCAAGCAGCAGCAGCAGCAGCUCUGAGCUGCAGGAGGGGCAGUGGUUUCUACGGCCGUGCAGAAAACGUCUUGAAUGGCCGAGCUGAACAGGAUGUCGAACGGUGGUCGAGGCAGGAAAGGUGACGGUCAGCCUUUGCUGGAUGACUCCGACUCAGACGUGCAGGAGUUCGCACUGCAUGACCUCCCCACUCAUCGCUCACCUAGGACGAGGAAGCCCCGUAGCGUACACGUGAAGAAGCGAGAUGGAUGCUGCCGUACAUGCUCUCGCUGUAUGUUCCUGGUACUCAACAUCGCCAUCCUGGCAUGUAUUGGCUUCAUAGGGUAUCGCGGCUGGGAGUUGACUAAGGAUGUCGAGGCAUUGAAGAAAGAAUUAUCAUCGAUGAAGGACACUGAAAGUCAGUACAGGCUCAACAUGGAGGACACUGUGGACAAAGCAAAGCUGGUCUCAGGCCUUAGGAGUAAACUAUUAGAAGUGAAUAAAACGCAGACAGCCGCACACUCGGCCAUGCAUGGCGAGAUGAAAGCGAUGAGUGAGAAGAUGGAGAUAGACAUUGCAGACACUCGCCAGCAGUUUCAGCAACGCCUGGCGGCCCUGAGCAGCAGCGCGGCGAACGACCAGAGUCAAGCGUCGCAGUCGGUGCAGUCGCAGCUCGGCAGUGUGCGCGAGACGCACGCCGCGUUUGCCAGCGCCGUCGCUCGCAUGAACAGCAGCAUGCUUCAGCGCAUGAACGACAUGGUCAGCGACCUGGACGAGGUGCAGAGCGACAUCGCCACCAUCACCACCACCCACGAUGAAAUGGACGCAGGCAUGCGCAGCAACAUGACCAAGGUGAACGUCAACAUCGACAGCAUGGAGGCGGACAUGUUGGCAAUGCAUGGUAACAUGGAGAAUAUGAAGACCUCCAUGAACACGAUGACGUCCACCAUGAAUGUAAUGACAGCGUCGAUAGACGCCAUGACAAACGGGGAUGAAGAUGACGCCAUGCCAACACUCCCACCCAUCAUAACACAGGCACAGGUUGCACUGGACACUGUGGAAAGGCUCAACACUUCACUCAGGCACUCUAUCCAGAACCUCAACGCCUCGGUACAGCAGACUAUGCAUACUCUGAGCAGCUCGCUAUCCGAGUCCGUUCAGGCAGUGAAUGGGUCGCUAUCCAAGUCCUUCCAGAAGCUCGUUGCUAUCGUGAAGGCUGAGCAUGGAUACCGCGUGAGUGGCCAGAAGAAUAUCUCCAUGCUGGUGACCGAAGUCCAGUCAGAGGUAGCAGAGCUCGGCAACGCCGUGACCUACAUGAACACGACGAGUGCACUGCUUCUGCAAGAGCUGCUACGGCCGGCUCCGACGACGACGACGCCCAGACUGCCGGAGCACCCCGCCACUGAGCCGCCACAGGUCGCGGAGACCACGAGCGCGGCCGAGACAGGCACAACGGCUCAGCUUCGGGAGGCCGGCUUUGGCAUGGGCACACGUAGCGGAGAAGUUAGCAUAGCAAGUGUGCGCAGCACGCUUUCUGCGCUUGUUGGCAACAUGACGGCAGCACAGACCAAGAUAAGUGAGCUGGAAGCUGACCAGCGAUUCCUGAACAGCAGCAUCUUUGACCAUCGGGUGCAUGUAUCACGGCGCAUCAUGCAAUUGUAUGACUUUGUGCGCUCGAAAACGAACGUCUCUCGCCAGCUGCAGCCCGCUGCGCUGAAUGCCACCCUGGAGGAGUUGAAGAGUGUUGACUGGGGGUCCGUGAUGAAUAUAUACAUCAACUCUGGCUACCUGCAGUCUGUGCUGGAGCGUGUCAACUUCACGGCGAUGAUACCGGCCGUGACCAACCUGACCCAGCACCUCAUGCCGGUCAUCAUGCGGGCAUUCCCUCCGCAAGCCAUCAGUCCCCUCCUCCAUGUACUCGUCCCCAAUCUUCAUUAUCAUGCAGAAGAAAACAGCGAGUCUGUGAAUGGUGUGAAAACUGCCAGCAAUGCCGGUCAGGUCCCGGAAGAAAAUGCACAAGUUGGACAGGGAGCCGCCAACCAGGCUGAGGCAAAUACCAACGAGGAGGAACAACAGCAGCAGGCAGAGGCAGACACCACUGACGAGGACGAGCCAGCCAAAGAGGAUGCAGAGCAGACCGGCCACACUGCCAUCAACGAAAAUGUGCACAGUGCUGAGCAGCUGGAUAGCAAUACCCAGCACGAGGGUGAGACAAGUAAUACCAAUGAUGAAGAUGAACCAGCUGAAGAGGAUCAUCCAGAGCCAAGUAGCACUGUCAGUCCCGCACAUGAGCAAAACAGUGACAAUCUUCUAGGUAAUGAGCAAGUGGAUGGCAAUACUCAGAAUGAGGAAGAGCCAGGCACUAAUAAUAAUCAUGCGGAUGAAGAUGAACCAGCCAAAGAGGAUCCAGAGCCAAGUGGCACGGCCAGUCCCGCACAUGAGCAAAACAGUGACAAUCUUCUAGGUAAUGAGCAAGUGGAUAGCAAUACCCAGCAUGAGGAAGAGCUAGGCACUAAUAAUAAUGAUCAAGAUGAACCAGCCAAAGAGGAUCCAGAGCCCAGUAGCACGGUUAGUCCCGCACAUGAGCAAAACAGUGAUACUCUUGCAGGUAAUGAGCAAGUGGAUAGCAAUACCCAGCAUGAGGAAGAGCCAGACACAAAUAAUAAUGAUGAAGACAAUCCAGUUGAUGAGGAUGGUGAACAGGAGCCUCAAAACAAUAAUGCCGAAUUGGAGACCACUGAGAGGCCAGACGUCGACACUGAAUCGCAGCAGUCACCCACAGAAGAGGUGCAAGAGGAGACAACAGAGGACCGAGGUGCUGUGACAGAGAACAGCAGCCCUGAACAAGAGGCGCCCGACAUGACAGCUACAGGCGGCGAGAAGGAUGAUGAAGAUGCAACCAUGGAGAAGGACAAUGAUAGUCCUGUCGAGGCGAAUGGCGGGAUUGCGCGAGAGGAUACCGGCGAUGCUGAAGUCGCCGGCGUCAAUAUGCUUAACGUUCUUGAGUUUCUCGCUAGCGAGUUUGGUACGAUAGAUGCGAACGGAAAUGGCUACAUUGACGUCGAAGAAGUCGAAGCUGCUAUGGUGGCGCAGGGCUGGCAGGAAUCCAGAGCAGCCCAAUCGUUCAUUGAACAGCUUCAAAACGCCAAAAAACCGUAUCUCAGUCGACAGCACAUGGCUCGAGUGUACCUGGAUUUAAAAGAAAAAUAUGCACAGAAACAUAGAAGCGAGGGCUGAUCGCAUUUAGUGCCAGUAUGUGUGCGUGUGAUCAACGAGUCUGAUGGUUAAUGGAGUGGUGCCGUGCUGCCGGGCAGUGGCCGGUCCGGAUCAUCAUGGAGGAAACAGGUAGCUGUGAUAGCCACCAGCCCUCUCCCCGCUGCGCUUGCAUUCCUUGCCACGAGCAGCCAAUCCGGUACUACAAUGCUUGUCGGUAUCAGGCACAGCUCCCCCGGCCGGACUUGCCAGUAUAUCAGACAACUCAUCUUGCCUGGACUGCAGCCAUCGCGGACAACUCUAGCAGUAGCACCUGAUCGCUCUGCCCUCCAGAUCUAAUAUAAACCAUUCGGCCCGUUUGUUGCAUUUCAAUCAAUGUCAAGAUUUGUUGAUCAUGCUAUAUUCCCUGAGCCAAAGCGUCAGUCAGCGUGCUCGUAUUGACGCGUGCACUUGCCGUGACAUAGCAUAGCCGCACAUAGAGUUGAGAAGUUUUUUUUCUUUCUUUUGAACGCAUGUACAUGUACGCGUACUGCAAUUACAUCCUACAUCCCAUCUUAGCAUUGUUGACGUAUGAAACUGCAACACGCCUUGGCAGAAUAAUGGUGGUACAUGCACUAUCUUUGCAUUGUUUAUACUGUGGUCAAGCUGAACUUGUGUACGAG